GGUGUCCUGGGCCCGUGCGGCGGCGGAGGCGGCGGCGCCUACGGGCAGUGGGAGGAGCCGCGCGGUUCCGGCUCCUCGGGCGAGGCGACCCUCGGGUCGGCGCUGCGGGCAAGGUGGGCAGGUAGGUGGGCGGGCGGUCGCAGCUCUCGGACAGGCGCGGGCGGCAGAGUCCCCCACGGCGUCCGGAGCGCCCCCCCGCCCCCCGGCCCCCAGCGUUGAGGCGGGGGAGUGAGGAGAUGCCGACCCAGAGGGACAGCAGCACCAUGUCCCACACGGUGGCAGGCGGCGGCAGCGGGGACCAUUCCCACCAGGUCCGGGUGAAAGCUUACUACCGCGGGGAUAUCAUGAUAACACAUUUUGAACCUUCCAUCUCCUUUGAGGGCCUUUGCAAUGAGGUUCGAGACAUGUGUUCUUUUGACAGUGAACAGCUCUUCACCAUGAAGUGGAUAGAUGAGGAAGGAGACCCGUGUACAGUGUCAUCUCAGUUGGAGUUAGAAGAAGCUUUUAGACUUUAUGAGCUAAACAAGGAUUCUGAACUCUUGAUUCAUGUGUUCCCUUGUGUACCAGAACGCCCUGGGAUGCCUUGUCCAGGAGAAGAUAAAUCCAUCUACCGUAGAGGUGCACGCCGCUGGAGAAAGCUUUAUUGUGCCAAUGGCCACACUUUCCAAGCCAAGCGUUUCAACAGGCGUGCUCACUGUGCCAUCUGCACAGACCGAAUAUGGGGACUUGGACGCCAAGGAUAUAAGUGCAUCAACUGCAAACUCCUGGUUCAUAAGAAGUGCCAUAAACUCGUCACAAUUGAAUGUGGGCGGCAUUCUUUGCCACCGGAACCAAUGAUGCCCAUGGAUCAGUCAUCCAUGCAUUCUGACCAUGCACAGACAGUAAUUCCAUAUAAUCCUUCAAGUCAUGAGAGUUUGGAUCAAGUCGGUGAAGAAAAAGAGGCAAUGAACACCAGGGAAAGUGGCAAAGCUUCAUCCAGUCUAGGUCUUCAGGAUUUUGAUUUGCUCCGGGUAAUAGGAAGAGGAAGUUAUGCCAAAGUACUGUUGGUUCGAUUAAAAAAAACAGAUCGUAUUUAUGCAAUGAAAGUUGUGAAAAAAGAACUUGUUAAUGAUGAUGAGGAUAUUGAUUGGGUACAGACAGAAAAGCAUGUGUUUGAGCAGGCAUCCAACCAUCCUUUUCUUGUUGGACUCCAUUCUUGCUUUCAGACAGAAAGCAGAUUGUUCUUUGUUAUAGAGUAUGUAAAUGGAGGAGACCUAAUGUUUCACAUGCAGCGACAAAGAAAACUUCCUGAAGAACACGCCAGAUUUUACUCUGCAGAGAUCAGCCUAGCAUUAAAUUAUCUUCAUGAGCGAGGGAUAAUUUAUAGAGAUUUGAAAUUGGACAAUGUAUUACUGGACUCUGAAGGGCACAUUAAACUCACUGACUAUGGCAUGUGUAAGGAAGGAUUACGGCCAGGAGAUACAACCAGCACUUUCUGUGGUACUCCUAAUUACAUUGCUCCUGAAAUUUUAAGAGGAGAAGAUUAUGGUUUCAGUGUUGACUGGUGGGCUCUUGGAGUGCUAAUGUUUGAGAUGAUGGCAGGAAGGUCUCCAUUUGAUAUUGUUGGGAGCUCUGAUAACCCUGACCAGAACACAGAGGAUUACCUAUUCCAAGUUAUUUUGGAAAAACAAAUUCGCAUACCACGUUCUCUGUCUGUAAAAGCUGCAAGUGUUCUGAAGAGUUUUCUUAACAAGGACCCAAAAGAACGAUUGGGUUGUCAUCCUCAAACAGGAUUUGCUGAUAUUCAGGGACACCCAUUCUUCCGAAAUGUUGAUUGGGAUAUGAUGGAGCAAAAACAGGUGGUACCUCCCUUUAAACCAAAUAUUUCUGGGGAAUUUGGUUUGGACAACUUUGAUUCUCAGUUUACUAAUGAACCUGUCCAGCUCACUCCAGAUGAUGAUGACAUUGUGAGGAAGAUUGAUCAGUCUGAAUUUGAAGGUUUUGAGUAUAUCAAUCCUCUUUUGAUGUCUGCAGAAGAAUGUGUCUGAUCCUCAUUUUUCAACCACAUAUUCUACUCAUGUUGCCAUUUAAUGCAUGGAUAAACUUGCUACCAGCCUGGAUACAAUUAACCAUUUUACAUUUGCCACCUACAAAAAAAACACUCAGUAUCUUCUCUCAUAGAGUAUAUGAAUCAAUUACAUCUGUUAUACUAUGAAGAAAAUUAAAACUAGCUUUCAGACAAUCAUGUCAAAAUUUAGUUGAACUGGUUUUUCAGUUUUUAAAAGGCCUACAGAUGAGUAAUGAAAUCCUUUUUUUUUUUUUUUUU